GACGGGCAGACCGCCCGCCCGCCGCGGGGAGGGAAGGAAGGAAGGAAGGAAGGAAGGAAAGGAAGAAGGAAGGAAGGAAGGCCGGCCAGCCACGUCUGGGCGCUCGGGCCGCCCCGGGGCCGGUGGAGGACCACGAGGACGAGGAGGAGGAAGAAGAGACUGGCCAUGGCGCUCGACUUUCUGGCGGGAUGCGUCGGGGGUGCCGCAGGUGUGCUCGUGGGACAUCCAUUUGACACCGUUAAGAUGACAGACAAAGCCUCAUCACGGAGAGUUACCUAGUAAGUAUAGACCAGGUGAACCCUUCUGUUUCUCUCAGUCUCGAUUUGCCCCAAAAUGUGUGAUUCGUCCCAGUACAAAGCGAUGGAACCACGCACAGUCCAGCCUCUGCCCUUUGUCCGCCUCACCCCCCACCUCCCCAUCACUCCCCAACAGCCUUCUGCCACACGAUCGAUUAGCCUUCGGGCUCUCUCGCAGGGGGAGGAUUCUCUGCGGAAGGGGUGGGGUCGGAAAUGCGGCUUUCUCCUCCGGCAUGUCGGUCGCCAGAGGCCCUUCCCGACCGCCAGCUGGGUCGCCAACAUGCCCCCUGCCCCCCGCCCACCCCCACCUCGACAUCACCGAGCUGCCGGCCUGGGACGGGAUUGACUGGCCCGUGGCAGCAACGAGUCUCCCUCCAAAUUCCAGCCCCUCCCCGGAUAGUCCAUUGGCUGUCCCGCUGCCCGUCCGUCCCCAUGGCCUCCCAGACGAGCAGAGAUCGCCGUCACGUGGACUUCGGAGGGCUGGCUUGCACGUGGCCGUCGGCGGGGGAUCGGAUGGCUCCGGUUCCACUUGCACCCGGUCCCCGGGUUCAUGCGUGCUGGCAUGAACUCGGCGUGUGCUCACAUGGUCCGCUUGCAAGUCCAGAAUGUAGAGAGGCCUCUCUAUCGAGGGACCUUCCACUGCUUCCAGUCGAUUGUCAAGCAGGAGAGCGUGUUCGGCCUGUACAAGGGCAUAGGCUCCCCAAUGAUGGGGCUGACCUUCAUCAACGCGCUGGUGUUCGGCGUCCAGGGGAACGCCAUCCGGGCCCUGGGGAAGGACACGCCGCUGAACCAGUUCCUGGCGGGCUCGGCCGCGGGCGCCAUCCAGUGUGUCAUCUGCUGCCCCAUGGAGCUGGCCAAGACGCGCCUGCAGCUGCAGGGCACCGGCGAGUACAAGCUCAAGGCCAAGACGUACAAGAACUCCUUGGACUGCCUGGUGAAGAUCUACCGGCAGGAGGGACUGCGGGGCAUCAACACGGGCAUGCUGUCCACCCUGAUCCGCGAGACGCCCAGCUUCGGCUUUUACUUCCUGACCUACGACUGCCUGACGCGCGCCCUGGGCUGCGAGCUCGAGGACGGCUUUGUGGUGCCCAAGCUGCUGCUGGCCGGCGGCAUGUCCGGCAUCGUCUCGUGGCUGUCCACCUACCCCGUGGACGUCAUCAAGUCCCGCCUGCAGGCCGACGGCGUGAGGGGGGCCAAGCAGUACAGCGGCAUCCUGGACUGCGUGCGUAAGAGCUACCGGGCCGAGGGCUGGCGCGUGUUCACGCGGGGCCUGACCUCCACGCUCCUGCGGGCCUUCCCCGUCAACGCAGCCACCUUUGCCACCGUCACCGUGUUCCUCAUGUACAUGAGGGCGGAGGGGGAGGACCUGGGCGAGUGCGAGCGGGGGCCGGCCCUGCAGCAGCCUUCGGGUCUGUAGAGUCCG